AUGUCUCAAGAACGUGCAUUCUAUGGAAAGUUGGCAAUUAAAAGAUCUUGCAAGGAGGCUGAAUGGGAGUUUAUUAUAAAAGGUGUUGGUCAAGAAUUUUAUGGAGGACAAGAUGAAGCUAGUCUUAUUGUUGAGAAAUAUAACCAUUUUUUUGGUCGCAAAGUCAGAGUGGUCAAGAGAAAUCCAGAACGGUAUACGGUGGAGUGUUUUUACAAAGAGCAAUUUACUUGCGACUGGAUGUUCCAUGCAGCUCCGAAGACUUCCAAUGUGAAGGGUCAUUUAUUCUUCAAGUCCUAUAACGGGGAACAUACAUGCUGUGCUGGUUAUAGUGACGGAACAAAGACUGAUCCAGUUACGCGCGAACUUGUCAAGAGCUUGAUAUUUGACCAGAUCGAACAGAAUCCCAACAAGAAAGUCAGGGAUAUUGUUAGAGAAUUCAAAAAUGAUUAUGGGUUAGAAUUGAGCUACGAUCAUGCGCAUGCCGGGAAAGAAUUAUGUUUGAAGGAAUUGUAUGGCGAGGACACUAAAUCAUACACCGACUUGGUUUGGGGUUGUGUUAUGGAGGCUACUGGGAAGAAUGAGAAUAAUGGAAAAUUUCCUCUAGUAUACGAUAUCGUAUCAAGUGAAACUAUUGAGAAUUGGCAUUGGUUCUUGGAGAAACUAAAAACUAUCUUGGGUUCUCGUGUACUAACUAUUAUUUCGGAUCGCCAUGAGGGUUUGAUCCAAGGGAUUCGUGAUGUUUUUCCAACUUUCCAUCAUGGUUGGUGUUACCAGCAUUUGAAGAAUAAUGUCCGCGGUAAGACCAACAAGAAAAAAGGAGAGCAUGGUGCUGCGAUGGAUUUGUUCAAACAAUGUUUCUAUUCAUCAAUGCAUGAAGGAUUUCAUCAAGGUAUGCAAAAGUUGAAGGACAUGGGAUAUGAUGGUCUUCACAAAUUCUUCGGUGACCUUCUAGUGGAAUUAGUCCAAUGCACAUUGUCUGGGUUGUCGUUAUGGCGACAUAUGUUCAAAAAUUGCAGAGUCGUUCAACUCUUGGAUUAUGGAAGCAAAAGGCUAGAGAAAAAAGUGAUGGCUUUCAUUCGUGCUGGUGUCCAGUGGAGAAUAUCCAAGUCUGGUGACAUGGAGUGGGAAGUUUUUGAUGGAAAGAACACACAUGCUGUUAAUAUUGCGAAGUUUCAAUGCAGCUGUAGGGUUUGGUUUACUGAGCAGUUCCCUUGUGAUCACGCUAUUGCGUGUAUGCAUUCAAAUAAGAUCAAUGUUUACGAGUACAUUAAUCCGUAUUUCAGCAUUGCUAGCUUCCGUGUUUCGUAUGAUCGUCCUAUCAAGCCCAUUCCCGAUUACGACAAGCCUAUUGAUGUUGCUACUGGAAAUCUCGUGAACCCACCAGCUGUCCUAGGAAAAAAACCUGGUAGGCUGAAGAAAAAGCAGAUUCCUAACACUGGUAACUGCCAUACUCAGGCACAUCAUAACAAGACGUCGUGUCCUCAUCCUCCUGCGAAAAAGCAAUGUUAA